AUCAAUCUUAGCUGAAAUGAAACGCGGAGAUCAAUAUUAGCUGACGAUACCUCUCCUCAUCGGCACUGCAAAUUCGGGGCUCCCCAGCCUUACUUACACCUGGAAACGUCAGUCAUACGACAUCAGAAGAUGGCGGAAGUUGUCCUCACAUGAUAGAAACCACAGUAGGAGUGACCCCCAGCUAAUAAAACCAGCCGAUGGUCAACAACAGAGUCAAAACCCGAUGUCAAAAGCGAGCACAGCUGCCUGGAGCCUUCCUUUGCCUCAGCUGCGCGUCCAAGACGGAAAGACGCGGGGCAGGCGGCGCGAAAGCACGUGCCAGGCCCGGCGGUACAACACCAGGUACUAAGUGUCCUUACUAAGUCAACUCAGUACUAUGGAGGCGUUAGACAAAUGAACUUUCUCAUUCUGAACCAAACAAUCCAGCGUCAGCACAUGAGACAGGCUAACUACAUGGUUAUAGCAGGGACUUUGAGCGCUUGUGAGUUCACGAGAUUUACGCCGCUGUACUCAGAUCGCCACAGAGACGUCUUUUUUUCGCAGGGAUCCGACGGCCUCGAUCUGAUCGCGAUGGAGACCCAAGGUAUCUCACGAUCGCUCACCAACCUCGGGAUCCAUGGCGCCGAUGCGACGGGGUACUCCGACUACAGUCAAGGGCCAAGCUGGACCCAGCGCGUCAUGGACGAGAUGAAAGACAUGUUACUGAUUCUGAACGCCGAGGGUCGGAUCGCCUAUUCUUCCUUAUCGUGUAAGCUUCUCACAGGGCAUUCUGUGGAGCAGCUCACGGGCCAAUUUAUCUCGUCAUUUCUCCACGAACACGACAAGGCCACGUUCGCUCGCGAGUUGGAGGAGGCCAUUGCGUCCGGGCGACCGUUGCGCCUCCAUUUCCGGUUCGGUCAGCCCAGCAGUGCAUUCUCUAUUCUGGAAGCUUACGGUCACCCGCAUAUCGCGCGACAGCCUGUGGAUCUAGGAAAUGGGAAAACAGGCAAACGGUGCGAUGGUGUGUUCUUGAUAUGUCGGCCGUAUACCACCAAAACAUCGCAGUUGCUGGACUCUUUCCUGGAGCACAAGAUGGAGAACAUUCGCCUGUGCCAGAGGAUUGCUGAUUUGAAACGCGAAGAGGAGGAAGAUGCCAAAGCGAUCCGUCUGUUCUCGAGACAAGAUUCUGGAGACCAUCAAGCUCUAGCAGCCCGCCAACGCCGCGCUUCCGUUCCCUCGUCCGAGUCGACGCUCUCGCAUACCAAUAUCCAUUCCAGUAGCGCCGCUACCGAAAUCAGUGGGCCGCAAUCAGAUCUGGUAGCGAUUCAACCCGGCGCAGACGACAUGGACUCUGACUCUUCAUCGACCGACAAUGUCGCGGACAAGGCCCCCCCGGCAGAGGAGUUUACCCACAUCGACGGCAUCGAAGUCAUCACUGGCCUCCGCUAUGGAGACGGCGAGCGCUCGCAGGGUCUCAGUACAGGCGACCGACGCGGCCGCCUAGUGCAGUAUGACAUCGAUAUCACGACAGCCUCCGACCAGCAUAACCGCAGCUCCCAGGAGCACAACCGUAGGAAAAAGGUCAAGGCAGGCUACAUGUGUGCAGACUGUGGCACCUACGACUCUCCCGAGUGGCGGAAAGGCCCCAAGGGGCCCAAGACUCUUUGUAACGCUUGCGGGUUACGCUGGUCCAAAAAGGAGAAAAAGCGCCACCGAUCAAGCUAGAGAACUGAUGAACCCAUCUUUUCCUUUCUAUCUAUAUUACUUUUCACUUCUUGAGUUUUUGUCUCACAAUCCAAAGAUACCCCAUAGUUAUGUUCUACCUUUACUUCAGUGUUCAGCUAAUGUUUCUCUAUGCCUCUGAACCGGACAUAUUUUGUUAUGGUGUCUCUAAGAUGCACGCCUUGUGCUAUAUAUACUUCGGGGAUCAAACCGCUCUUCUUCAUUCUUGAAAAAUUCUUCAAGAAUUUUUGAAUCUUCUUCUUGGGUUUGGUUAUUGGGCUUCCGGCUAAUGGAAGGGAGAUGAGUUUCACGGAUCAUUAAAUUGUGUGUCUCACGUUCAAGUCGAACGCUAUACCCCUAUGUAAUGAAAAUCUAGAAUGGGAAAAACAAUCGUGCU